GCUCUGAAAGUUUUGGUGAGUAAGUCUGUUCUUCAGCAACCCUACCUGCUUCUCCAAACCACCUAAAGAGAUCCAGUACUGAUGGUGCUGUUCUUCCAUCUUUACCCUCUGGAAAGUAACCAUGUUGUCUUCUUCCUUUACCACCACCCAGGAGCUCAGAGAUCUAAGCGGCCUUCCAUCUUUUCUCCCAGCCCCAGGACACUGACUCUGUACAGGAUGGGGCCUUCCUCUUGCCACCUUCUCAUCCUCAUCCCCCUUCUCCAGCUGAUCAUCCCAGGGAGUACUCAGUGUUCCUUAGACUCCGUUAUGGAUAAGAAGAUCAAGGAUGUUCUCAACCGUCUAGAGUACAGUCCCUUUCCCGUAAGCAAGAAGCUCUCGUGUACUAGUUUCAAGAGCCAAGGCAGGCUGGCCUCUUGCCCUGCUGGGAUGAGUGUCACUGGCUGUGCUUGUGGCUAUGGCUGUGGUUCGUGGGAUGUUCAGGGGGGAACCACCUGCCACUGCCAGUGCAGUGUGAUGGACUGGACCACUGCCCACUGCUGCUACCUGGCGUGA